GCUCGAGCCUACCUCUGGUAUGCUCAUGAGUUGGUGCAAACGUAUGCAAUCCCAUUAGUGCCCGUACCAAAACCUGAAACAGACCCGUGGAGAAGCCAUGUGGGCUGUGUCCCCAACCACAGCUAGACCAUAUCUCUUCCCUCUCACCGCUUCCACCCCCUCCAUCUUAGCCGGCUCUCGCCCCCCGUGCCAUCGCUCCAAGCCACCCAAAGACGUCAAAGGCCUUGGCCGCACUAUCUUCAUGGCUCUCACUUCAAGUCAUCCCAACGCCUCCCCCUAUCCAAUCUCAAAUCAGCAAAAACAAGAACAAGAAGAUGGAGGGCAGAUAAGUGGGUCGGAUGUGCUUUGGGCUCUGCAGAAAGCAGCCGCUCAGAAAAACGAGAUGAGUGAAAAUAAGAAAUCCAAGAAGAAGAAGAAGAAGAAAGGUGUGUCAUCCAACAAUCACAGUGAAGAGGUGAAUGUGGAUUAUAGGAAAGUGCGGCCGUUGUGCGUUAAGAGUGAGUGGGGUGCGAGGUUGGAGGAGCUGGAGAAGCGUCUUCAGGAGCUUUCUGAGACCCAUUGACAUUUUAAGGUCUCUCUCUUUCUGUUCAUUGUAAAUCAAUUAAUUUAUGAAAUUCAUGUAAUGGGUAUCGUAUAUACAAUACAGGAGACCCUUUUGUUUCAGUUUUCUGAAAAUCAAUCUGCACGACCCUUUCAAGAUUGAAA